CGGGGCCGGCGGGCAGACCCCCUUCCUCCCCGCUGUGCCCGGCUGCGGGGCGCCCUCCGCGCCUCGGCCCUGCCGAUGCGCCCGAGCUGAGCUCCCUGUGCGGCCCCGGGGGCUGCGGGGACAGGGCCGGGGGCUGCCGCCGCCCUGUCCCUCCCCUCCCGGGGGCCGUGGCGGGGGCGGCUAGGGCCGGCGGCCACCCGGCUGCUUCACGCCGCCCCGUGCCCCGGGCGAGGGGACCGCGUGGUUCGGCGGGGGCUCCUGCGGCCGCCGCCUUGCGCGGAGCGGUGUGGUAGCGGCCUGCGUGCGUGCCCGCGGCGCUGCGGCCUGCUGGCGGCCGGCCUGCCGGCUCGCCCCUGCGGCCCGGCGAACCCAGCGCAGCGCUCUGCCUUCAGGAACCGGUGUAGGGUUGAGGAGAAGGAGAGGUGCAGCCGUGGAUCUGAAGCGAUAUUUAGCCCAGGGCCAGCGGGUCGCAGGGUGGGGAGGACGGAUGAAUUGCCUGACUUUAAUUGUAAGCGAGGAGAGGAGGGAACCUUAGAGGAAAAUAGGGUUCGUUUCCGUGGAGCAAAGGAAGGGAGGAUUUGGAGUGGCUGUUUCUGUAAGGGCUUCGGCAAGAAGAUAAUACCGAGUAAAGGGAGAUUGCCCCCCCCCAGGCAGGAGCUUGGGGGGCUGAAGCACUGCGCUUCUGGGCCGGGCAGGGCUUGCGGGAGCAGAGCAGGUUGCAGAGGUGAGAUGGGGAACGGGGGAGAGGCCCUUCACCUUCUGUAAAGGCGUGAGUCAGGCUCGGGUAUGGUGUACGGGAACCAGGACUCGGUAAAAGAAUUCUUGGAAUUUGUGAGUUGCAGAGUAAAAAUUACAAGUGAUUUUCAUUGUGACUUUCAUGAUUGGAAAGCGCUUGAUGAUCGUGUAAAUGGAACAAGUAUCUUGAACCACUGUUCCAGAGUUAUUUUUUAUUUAGGGUAGAGUCUCGGUCUUAAAGUAGUCUGUGUCAGUGGGAUCUUGCAAGUUUGACUUCAAAGUUGUAGCUGCUACAAUAAAAUAAGGCUGACCUUUACGUUGUUUUCAGUAUGAUGUAUUGAUGUUGAAGGUUGGUUUGGUUGUUUGAUUGGGUUCUUUUACAUUUCAUGUGUAGAACUGAAUAUAUUUGCCUCCUAAAGUGGUACCAGUGAAAAUGAGAAUGAGGCCGGCUUUAAGUGACUGUCAACCUUGGCAGCAGAAUUAAACCCGCUGUGUAAAAUACGCAAUUGAGAAUCCGCAUUGGAUUUUAAAGUUAGGCCACUUAUUCUACCAGCAGAUGCCGCUGUGUUUAGUAGCGAUUGCAGAAGGGGUUUUGAAGGAUGUGAGGCGAUUUAUAAAAAGCAAUACCAAAAAAAAAAUAAUAAUUAAACCUUUCUUCUCGGUCCUUGGCCUCCGAAGCAAAGCAUCGAGCUUUUUUAUUUUUAUGUUCUGAUGAUGUAACUGAAGUCACAGCUAUUGGUAUAAACGGCUUACGUAAGAAUGUCCACUUUCAAACAUUCUUCGUUUUUACUUUGAUUUAGUUAGUGUGGUAGAGUGAAAAGCUUGAAAGCAGCUUUUCACACAACACCCACAAAAGUAUAUCGCUAUUAUAUCACACAGUCAUUUGGCAACAGCUACCACAGCUGUUUCAAAGCAACUGCAAUUUAAGAAACAAAUUUGCUCCAACUCAGGUGUUGCCUUGAAUCAAAAAGGAAGAAGCCUAAAAAAAGAUGUAGGUGGAUAUAACCAACAUGUGCUAUCUAAAAAACUCCAGAUCAUUAAAUGAUCUCAUGAAUUUAAGUCACUUGAUGAUUUUUGAGCAUUCUGGGUUUGCAGACUGAACGUGCUGAGUUAAUGUGACUUCUUCAUUAGGUGUCUACUUUGUCUUGCUAAAAUAUUUUAAGAUUGUUAAUAGUUUUGUUGUCAAUAGCUUCUACACUUUUGCAUGUAGAAAGUGCUAAAGUAUUUUGUUUAAAUAGAGUACUCUAUGUGCUGUGGCAAAAAGGAAUUAAAGUAAUUUUGCUCCCUGGUGGUAGAAGUGUUUUAAAUAAUUCCACUUUGAAAAGUUACAAGCUGCUGUGGAAUUAAAUGCUAAAAAGCUAUUAAAAAUUAUGGACAGUUAAAAGCUGCAGGAAGCAUUUCUUAUGCUUGAAAGUGGGCAUUCUGAGUAGUUACAGUAAGUGUAUUUAUUCCAUUUCUGAGCAGCCUGAUUCCUGAAAGUUCUGCCUCCCAUUUGUACAAGAUUACAAACAGGACAAAUUACUAACAGCCAAUGCAGCUGUUGGUGAAAGCCUACAGAGUAUAGGCCUGAUUAGUUAAACAGGCUGGAUCGUUGCCAUUUCAAAGGAUUCAAAAUGAAAAACAAAAACAUUUUGAAAAUAAAUUACAUGCUUUAAAAGAAUGUGGAAAAAGAGAUUUAAGUGGAAGUGAAAAAUUAAGAAUGAUUUAAAGAAGCAAUGGACUGCAUCAUAGAAGCAAUGUAAUUUGAUAGGUGGUGAUAAUACGACAGAAUGUUGCUAAUCCAUUUUAGGAAAAACAAAGGCAGAUUUACAAGCAAUGUGAAGUAUCAGCUCACUAUGAACCUGUUCCUAGACUUCGUAAAUAAAGGGUAUUUCUGACUGACUUUGAACGCUGUAAAUACCAGUUUAUCUUUCUCUGUCAUAGCUCCGUUUGAGUAUGCAGUUUUAAAGCUUCACACCAGCUUACACUGUAGUGCAUGUAAGGGUCUGCUGCUUGCUUAACUGUUUGGAGAUGUAAGUAUUGUGUAGGUUGUGUGGAAGGAUGAAGGCUUGUCAUGGCUUAACCCCAGAUGGUAACCAAGUACCAUGCAGCUGCUCGUUCACUCCUGCCCCUGCGCCGCCCAGUGGGAUGGGGAGGAGAAUCUAGGGGGGGCGGGGGGAAGUAAAACUUGAGGGCUGAGAUAAGAGCAAUUUAAUAAUUGAAAUAAUAAUAAUAAUGAAAAGGAGAGGGAACGGGAGAGGAAUAAAAUCCAAAGGGAAGAGAAAAAACCCAAGCGAUGCACAGUGCAGUUGCUCACCACCCACUGAUGGAUGCCCAGCCCGUCCCUGAGCAGCGACCAGCAGGCUGCAGCCAGCUCCCCCCAGUUUUUAUACCCAGCGUGAGGUUCCAUGGCAUGGAAUCUCCCUUUGGCUAGUUGGGGUCAACUGUCCCGGCUGUGUCCCCUCCCAAUUUCCCAUGCCCCUCCAGUAUUCUGGCUGGCAGGGCCUGAGAAACUGACAGGUCCUUGACUUUAGUAUAAACAUUACUUAGUAACAACCGAAAACAUCCCUGUUGAUGAUGAAAACAUCAACACUGUUCUCACACCAGAUCCAAAACGCAGCUCUGCACCAGCUACUGUGAAGAAAAUUAGCUCUAUCCCAGCUGAAACCAGGACAGGGAUUUAUGCUUGGAGCAGGACAGUUGCAAGCAUUGGAUUAAGCCAGUCCCAGGUGUAGGCCUUGGUAUUUUUAAGUUCCUGAGGUUUCUGUUUUCUGUUCCUCAGUGCCCCUUAAGUGAAGCUUUACCAUUCAGCAUGUCAACCAUCACCCUAAUUCAGUAUCAUUCACAAGUUUGCUGGUGUUAUGUUCUGCCUCAUCAUCCAAGUUAUCAGUAAAUUUAUUGAAAUCUGUCAGCCCCAGUAUCACCCCCAGGGCUCUUACUGUUACUAGGUGGCAACUGAAGCAGGUUGAAGCCAUCAAGUCUUUAAUUCUGUCUGCCCAGCCAGUUUUCAACCAGUCCAACAGUUCUUUUGACGUCAUCCCUGUAGCACACACAAUGAACAGAUGCCUUUUCAAGGUGGUUUAUUGUAGCCGGCCGGUGUUCCUGGCUUGAUUUAUGUUAUUUCUCUCAGUCACGGUCCUUUCUCUUCUGUGGUACGUUCACUUACCAGACAAACUGCACUUCUCAGAUUUCCCACAGAAGCCUGGAUAUUUGUAUCUUAAUAAUGCAUAUCAAAAACGACAGCACUGGAGGAAACCUGAGUGAGGAUCCCGUGACGUUAGGUUAUGUGUAUGCUAUGGGAGAUGAUGUCAAAGCCCACAGGACAGUCAAGGUGUAUGGAGUCCACUGCUGGCCCCUUGGCUGCGUGACCAGGCAUUUCAUUACAGGAGGUGUUCAGAUUUAUCAAGCAUAAUUUGCCCUUGGUAAAUCCGCGUUGAAUCUCCUUGAUUACUUUCUUAGCUUUCGUACAGCUAAGGGGACAGGCUCCGAGCGUUUUUGGUGGUGCUGACUGGACAUGGGCACAGCUUCUUGCCUCUUUAAAAAUGACCAUGCAUUAGCCUUUCUCCAGGCAGUUGGAGACUUUCUCUGAUAACUGUUUUUCAAGCCUGUCAGCUGUGUUUCGUAGCAACCUUGAGUGUAACCCAUCUGGCUGUGUGUAUUUGAAUACAUCCCGCUUCUCUGAGUGGUUGCUGGCCUCACUCCUUAUCCCUUUCCUUCCCAAACUGCUGGUACAAGGAGAGGUCUGGGUGCAGGCUUUGCUUGUGAAGAUAGAGGCAAAAAAAGGUGGUGAGUACUUCAGCCUUUUCCAUAUCGGCUGUGACAAGGUUGACUACUUCCCUAUCAAUUGGUGGAUGCACGUUUUCACUUCUUUAUGAUACUUUUGUACUUGUAAAAUUCCUUCUUCUUAGUCUGUAUGUCUGUUGCUAGUUUUAACUCCAGCUGAGGUUUGAUCUUUCUGAUUUAAUGGAAAUAAAGGGUGAAAACAAGCUAUGUAAAACAGUGAGCAUUUUAUUUAACAAGCGUUUCUAUGGAUUUUUCAGGAGCUGGUGAUUCUGAAGACGGCCCAGUCGUCAUGGCUCAUGCUACUAUUUAUGUAGGUUUUACUGUUCCUCAGUUACUGAGAGGAGCCAGCAGAAUUUUUCUCACUCAUUCUACAUUGGUGGUGUUGAGGCACUGUGCUUUUUGUUACUGCACAGUGAACGGCACAAUAAAAUCAAAAAGGAAAAUGGAUCAUCUAGAGAAGACAGCAAAUAAUUUUCGCCAGGAGGUAAUUUCACAAGCAAAAGUGUGUGAAAUCACCAAUGAAUCAGAGACAGUCAAAAGACUUCGUUUGGCUAUUGCAAAUAAAGAUUUUACUUUCAAAGCAGGACAGUGGGUUGAUUUCUUUAUUCCUGGAGUAUCAGUAGUUGGGGGAUUCUCUAUAUGUUCAAGCCCUGGCCUGUUGAAUCGAGAAGGAAUGUUAGAGCUGGCAGUAAAGCACACUGUUCAUCCUCCUGCUGACUGGAUUCACACUAAGUGUACUGUUGACUCAGAAGUGGCCCUUCGAGUGGGAGGUGAUUUCUUCUUUGAUCCUCAGCCUGGUGACUCCCCUGUAAAACUAGUGCUGAUAGCAGGAGGUGUUGGAAUUAACCCAUUGUUUUCUAUACUGCUACAUAUAGCAGAUCUUCAUGGAUACCAAGAGGGUAAAGGAAAUGGAUACAAAAUGGGAACAGUGAAGCUGUACUACAGUGCAAAAACUACAAGUGACCUUUUAUUUAAGAAAAAUAUUCUUGGUUUGAUGAAUGCAUUUCCUGGGAAGAUCACAUGUCGUUUCCACGUUACCCAACAGAGUUCACAGAUCUGUAAAGAACUUCAGCCACAUGUUACAGAGGGAAGAAUAUCUGAAAAGGAUCUGGAAAAGCAUGUGUCUAAAGAUACUUUAUGGUACAUUUGCGGUCCACCUCCAAUGAUAGAAUCUAUAUCCAAACUACUGUCUAACAUUGGCGUUCCUAGAAACUGUGUUUUCUUUGAGAAGUGGUGGUAGUAACACCUGCUGAACAGAAAGUAUAUUUUUUUUUAGUGUAUUUUGAGAAGCUGAAAAGUACAGAAAUGGACUAUGAAUUAUUUGCCAGAUGCCGCUUCAUACAGAGAAGGCAUCCUCAGUCAUGAUGGUGUUCCUUUAAUUUAACUGUAAUACACCUGUAAUACAGUGCUGCUGCUUUUGGGGGAAGAAAAAGUGAUUUUAUAUUAAAGGCAUUAACUGUU